CAAAUUCAUACCAAGGCUACUCCCUCUGAGGGAAAUUUUGGGUAGCCAUGCCUUACAUAGUUCAGUUUACUAUAUAUACAAAGCAGGGUCUAAGUUUUUAAUCAUUCUCAUUCCUUGAAUUGUUUAGUUUACACAUGGGAGCAGAGUUAAUUCCACGCUGGACAACGUGAGGACACACUCCGCUUUACAUUACGCAACAAAAUGGCUCGAGUCUUCACGAUGCUUUUGACAUUUUGUUGUCUACUCUAUGUGUCAUAUCAAGGAGUUAAAGGUAAAUUAGUUAAAUGCACAAAGACAUCUUGUACUCUACAAGGCGAAAUCUGUGUUGGAAUUAAAUACGGUAGGCCUUUGUGUAUAUGUCCGCCUAAAUGCAAGAUCAAAGUCCCUGCCAUAGAACUACGGUAUAUGUGUGGAUCAGAUGGUUAUUCAUAUCGAAAUCUUUGUGAACUGGACCGAACUGCUUGCUUGUUGGGUAUCAGUAUUCAACCACUAUAUUUGGGAAAAUGCUUAAAAGGUUCCCUACAUGUAAGUCUCAAUCAUCAGUCCAAACAAAACUUCACCGCUGGGUCUAGAGUUGAACUGAAUUGUCAAUUCACUGGCAAACCCCAAAAAGUUGAGUGGUCAAAACAAGGUUUUGCUAAUCUUCCCAGUAGCGCCAGAGUGCGUGGAAGGUCUUUAGAAUUCUUGAAAAUUUCCAAGGACGACGCUGGGACGUAUGUCUGUCGUGCAUCAGAUGCUUUAGGAAAACAAGCAAGUACAACUAUUGAUGUUACUAUAAAAGAGCCAAAGAAGCCUACGAAGCCUCCCACAGAACCAAACCAUUGCAAUGAACAGCCAACCUACGGCAAUUGCUCACAAGUACUUGUUCGCUGGUAUUUUAACAGAGAGCAAAAGACAUGUCUUCCUUUCGUCUACAGUGGGUGUGGAGGUAAUGGUAACAGGUUUGAUAACAAGGAAACAUGUGAAGAAUCUUGUGCAGCAAGAGUUUCAAAAGGUAGCCGUGUUUGUCCUGUGGGCCCAAUACCAAGUCACUCAUGUCCAUUGGAUAUACGUCAUCAGUGCAACAAAGAUAAUGACUGUCAUCAUGGACUCAAAUGCUGUCUCUCUAACUGCAUUAGACAAUGCAUGCCAGCUGUUGCAAAAGCUAAGCCUGGGAUGUGUCCUAUUCCUACUUUAGAUACUGUUGAAUGUAAUGGAGAAAUGACAGACGAAUGUCAGAAUGACCAAGACUGCGAGGGAGAUCGUAAAUGUUGUGUCUGGGCAACUGGGUGUGAACGUGUCUGCAUGGAUCCUGUAAAACAAGUCAACAAAUGCAGACAAAUUAUAGAUCUUGCCUUUCUGAUCGACUCAUCUGGAAGUAUUCGUCCUCAAGAGUGGCCUCAAGUCAUCAAAUUUGUUAAGGCAUUCUUGGAAAGAUUUGACGUUUCAAGAGGUGGCACCCAUGUUGGGUUGAUUUCUUACUCCACAGACCCUCAUCUGCACUUCAGAUUUAACACUAUCAAAGGACAACACAGAGAUUAUGAGGUUCAGAAUCUAAUAAAUGAGAUACCACGUUUGAGGGGCUAUACCUUUCCUUACAAGGCUUUAGCAAUGGCCAAUAACGAGUUGUUCUCGUCUCGUGGUGGCAUGAGAGAAACUGCCAAAAAGGUGAUGAUAAUGUUAAUUCAUGGAAGACAAACAACUAGCAAAGAACAAGUUAUUUCUCUUGAUGUAGCAUCCAAGGUACUGAAAGACAAGGGCGUAGAGAUCUGGGCAGUCGGCGUUGGCAAUGGAGUAAGUCAAAAUGAACUCAGAGACAUAGCCUCCGAUCCUUCCAAAAUAUUUGCUGUUGGUUCUUUUGCCAGUAUCUUUAAUGUCAUCGAUAAAAUAGUACCAAACAUCUGCAAAGAAACUAAUUUGACGGCGUGUCAGACAGAAUACCGUAAUGCAGUUAAGAACAACAGCACUUUCAUACCUCGAUGUGCAACAGACGGCAGCUAUAAUAACAUUCAAUGUCAAAGACAUGUCUGCUACUGUGUGGACAAAAAUGGACACCAAAUUCAAGGAACUGAAACCAGAAUUGAAGCGGGAAAACCAAGGUGCUCAAGAGCUAACAAUAAACUAACCGAUUGCCAACGUGCCUAUGGUCAAGCAAUAAGCAGACCUGAGCUUGGACAACAUAUUCCCCGGUGUAAUGCUAACGGCAUGUAUGAAGAGGUUCAAUGUGAGGGCCGAACAGGUGACUGCUGGUGUGUGGAUAUCCGUGGACAAAUGCUACCUGGAACAAAGACAAAUCUAACUCUACAAUGCCCGCCACAUUCAGACUCGAACAAGUUACUAACUGAUUGCCAAAGACGAUACUUUGAGGUGUUUCGUAAUCCCGCAACUGAGCACUACCUUCCUUGGUGUACCCCAGAAGGGAACUAUAGAUGGCUUCAAUGUCAUGACUCUUACUGUUUCUGUGUUAAUAAAAAUGGUGAUGAAAUACCAAGAACAAGACUAAGAAGUGAAGCUGGUCUACCUGAUUGUACAGCUAAAGGAGCAAUUUUAACGCCUUGUCAACGCGACCACAUCAAAUAUGGUGAUCGCUUCUUUUAUCCCGGUCGCUACUCGCCUACGUGCAAACCGGACGGUCGAUAUGAAGAGGUUCAAUGUCAUCCAUCGAUUGGAACAUGUUGGUGUGUGGAUUCUAAUGGUCAAGAGGUCCCUGGAACCAAGAAGUGGGGACCAGUAAGCUGCACAACACCAGAAAAGCCACUGACCGCUUGUCAAAAACAAUACCAAUCAUCUCAGCGUAGCCGCGUCAAAGGAGGCUUUUCACUAUGGUGUGAUGAUGCUGGUCGCUUCCAACCGAUGCAAUGCUUUGGUCCAGAAUGUUAUUGCGUUGAUUCAAAUGGUGCAACAAUUGAAGGAACGCUCGUCAGCAUAGUACAGGGCCGACCCGACUGCAAACAACCUACAAAGGACCAAAAGCUCUCCCACUGUCAGAUAGCCAGUGAAACGGGAAUUCGAAUUGGAGUUGAACUGCAUACCCCAAAAUGCACUUGGUAUGGUAGCUACGAGAAAAUACAGUGUCAACCUUUUUCCAGACAAUGUUGGUGUGUUAAUAGUAAUGGAAAGGAGCUGGCUGGAACCAGAUCUAAUGGAGUCGUUAGAUGCCCAGUCAUAGGUGGUCAGYUGCCCAAGUGCCAAUUAGAAUAUCAAGAAAAAACCAGACAGUGGUACUUGGAAGGCAGAUUUGUUCCUUGGUGUUCUAUAGAUGGCCAUUACCAGCUCCAUCAAUGUCACAGAUCACAUUGUUACUGUGUCAGCAAAGUACAUGGUGUCGAGGCUUAUACGUCACGGGUGGAGAUAUUUCGUGGUGAUGCUGUUUGCUCUCAUCCAGUUUUAGAGUCUGAAUGCGAAGGGCAGCGUAAAACAGCGACAUCCAGCGGAUUGUAUGGUUCUUACAAACCCCAGUGUAAACCUGAUGGUAAUUUCCACGAGGUUCAGUGUCAUGGUUCUUUCUGUUUCUGUGUGAACCAAAGAGGAGUACAAAUUCCAGGAACCAGGGUACCAAUAGGAUCCAAGCCACAGUGUCAAAACAUUGCUACGAUCCUGUCUCCCUGUGAAAGAGCUGUUCAAGUGUCUCUGUACCGUGGGGAUGAUUUUGUACCAAGAUGUACCAAUGAUGGUCAAUAUCAAGAUGUCCAGUGUAAUGUGUCAUCCUGCUGGUGUGUCGAUAGGGAUGGACAAGAAAUACGUGGAACUAGAUCUAAUAGCAUAGUUACGUGUCCUGGUAAAGGUGCAUACUCAAGCCCAUGCUGGAAGGAAUACCAGUCGAUGGCCCGUCAACCAAACUCAUUAGGUCGUUAUGUACCCCAGUGUAACCUUGACGGCAGUUAUAUGAAGGUUCAGUGUCACAGAGGCUACUGCUUUUGUGUGGAUGCUAAUGGUGCAGAACUGAGAGAAUUUUCUGUCGAUGUUGGAUUGCAUGGAAAACCAGUAUGCAAGAAGACAGAUGCUGAGAAAACAGGAUGCCAGAAAAAGCGAAUGGCUGCCAUAAUGGCAAACCCAAGUGUAGUAGCCUUCGUUCCUGAGUGUAGACCUGAUGGUAGUUAUAGCGACGUCCAGUGUAAUCGGUUAUCUAAUCAGUGCUGGUGUACAGAUGCUGAAGGAAAUGAAAUGAAAGGAACUAGAACUAAUGGAACUUUACGAUGCGCAACAAGAAAAACAGAUAAUGAAACGCUUUGCGAAAGAACUUUCUUUACAAGCUCCGGCCCUGCUAUUGGCUUAUGGAAUCACGUGGCAGUGUGUCACGUGAAUGGUUUUUAUCGACCAAUACAAUGUGAUGGUCGUAAAGGAUACUGCUGGUGUGUCAAAGAAAAUGGCAAACCACGCUGGAACACUGUGACGAGAUCAUUACCAAAAUGCAAUGUAGAUGAACCAAUAACUAACUGCCAAGAACACAGGGCAAGGCUGCUUGGUAUAUCAGGAAAAGUUCCUGAUGGUAUCUACGUACCCCACUGUAAGAAGAACGGAGACUAUGAACAGAUUCAGUGCCAUACUAUAGAGGGUGUACAGUACUGUUGGUGUGUGGAUGCUUUGGGGAUAGAAAUGCCUAAUACGCGCCAAAGAGGACGGCCCAGCAACUGCUUGCCAAAGCCUGAAGAGAGCCAGUGCCGUCUACAGGUCCAACAAGCUCUUCGCACCGAAGUCACAAAAGGUCGAUUUGUACCGCGAUGUCAGUCUAAUGGUGACUUUGAAGAAGUACAAUGUAACGAGUGGACUGGGUACUGUUGGUGUGUCGAUAGAAGGGGAAAAGAAAUCAAAAACACAAGGACUAAAGACUUCAUAUUUUGCCCUGGACUCGGACGUGACCUUACAAACUGUCAACGGGAAUAUCAAGAGGCGGAACGAGACAAGUUCACAUCUGGUCGAUUUAUGCCUCGUUGUACCCCCCAGGGGGAAUACGUGCCAGUUCAGUGCCAGGAGUCUGAAUGUUACUGUGUUAAUUAUUAUGGUCACGAGAUAUUUGGCACAAGACUGCGUAUGCCCGCCAGACCCAACUGUACUCAUGCUGUCUCUGGCCAAACUGAAUGUCAGUACAGAAGAGAAGCAGCAUUAGCAAACGCUGUUCCAGGAGCACCUAUACCCCAGUGCACACCUGAAGGUGGAUAUGACAAAGUACAGUGUAGAGAAUCUUCCUGCUACUGUGUGGACAUGAGAGGAAAGGAAAUACCAGGAACGACGCUCGCUAUUGCUAAUGGGAAACCAAAAUGUGACAACCCAGCUCUCAAGCUUUCUCUUUGUCAACGUCAGUACCAGGAAUACUGGAGGAAUCCCAUCAGUGGACGCUAUGUUCCUCGUUGUGACUCUACAGGCCAGUUUGAACCAGUUCAGUGUUAUGGAUCUUAUUGUUUCUGUGUUGACUUGAAGGGUGUGGAAAAACAAGGCACAUCAGUCCUACAGACUCUGCAAACCAUCGACUGUAGCAACAUAAAAAAACCACUUACACCAUGUCAGACUCUUCUUGCUAAACAAACAGUCGAGCCACCCAAGCCGGGUCGAGUGAUCCCCAGAUGUGCUAGCGAUGGUUCCUUUUUACCAGUCCAAUGUGAUUCGCUAUCAAAAGAAUGUUGGUGUGUAAACGCCACAAACUAUGAAAUCCCUGAUACUAGAAAGAAAGGAUUCGUCCAGUGUGGUCAAGUUCCUAAAGGCCUGGAGCCUCAGUGUAAUUCGCAGAAUAAUAUCAGUCACUUUAAGACGUUUUCUCCUAAUUGCUCAAGCAACAAUGGAUUCCAAUCAUUACAGUGUGAUUUCCGGUACGGAUAUUGUUGGUGCUCAGACGUAAAUGGAAAUUUGGCUCAAUCUGAUGUUGUGCGGGGGAAGGCUAUCUGCCCUAACAUAGCAGCUAAAGUUCCACUUUGCAAAAUCCAUCGAUUAAGAGUCCUCGGACCAACAGGCGUAGCACAGCCAGGAGCAUUCAUCCCACAAUGUUUUAAGGAUGGUAAUUAUGAUCGCGUCCAGUGUGAUGGCUCUUCUUCGUUCUGCUGGUGUGUAGAUGAAAAUGGAUUUGAAGAACCUGCAUCAAGGGAGUUCGGACGCCCGAACUGCGAAGAAAAAAUUGGUCGUAUUGGACAAGAGAAUGGUAUAAACAAACGCAUCGAAGCUCCAUGCCAUCAGGCCCGCCAGAGAGUUCUCAGUAUCUCCGAGGUACCAAACCAAGGUGUCUUCAUUCCAGUAUGCGAAACAGACGGUUCCUUCAAACCAGUGCAAUGUCAUAGCUCUACGGGAUUUUGUUGGUGUGUUGAUCAAUAUGGUCAAGAACGUACUGGAACAAGAACGCAAGGAAAGCCACAAUGUGGACCAGUGGAAAACUUGACAGCUUGCCAAAAGGACCGCAUGAGAGCAUUCGGAUGGAAUGGAAGGUUCAUAGUAGGUCUUAUGAUUCCUAGAUGCCGCCCUGACGGUAGCUUUGAGCCACAGCAGUGUCACGAAUCUACUGGUCAAUGUUGGUGCGUUGAUGAGAAUGGCAAUGAGCUUCAUGGAACAAGAUCAAAUGCUCAAAUCAGUUGCUCUUCUCAAGUGGGCACAACUAGCUGUCAGCAUGCUAAAGAAACGUCCGAAGAUGAUCACAACCCCUUUGACUGUGACAACAGUGGYGGAUUUUCACCCAAGCAAUGCAGUAUUGGCAACGGAGAGCCGAGACAGUGCUGGUGUGUCGAUAGGCACGGAAAAGAAAUUCCAAGAACAAGGACAACAGGAGGGAUCAACUGUGAUGAUAUUUCUGCUGGACUGACUAGUUGUCAACGUGAACGUCAAGUAGCGUUAGGUUGGUCUGGCGUUGCUCGCGCAGACGUAUUCGUACCCGACUGUACAGCUGACGGAGGAUACGAGAAUAUACAAUGUCACGAAGCUACGGGAUUCUGUUGGUGUGUAGAUGGCAAUGGUAAUGAGUUGGUUGAGACGCGCAUGCGUGGGAGACCAAUAUGUGAAAGAAAAGUAUCACGGUCACCCUGUCUUAUGGAGCGACAGCGUGCACUAGGGUGGUCUCGAAAUCACAACGGAGCAUUUGUGCCUCAGUGCCAUGACAAGGGCCGCUACGAUCUUGUUCAAUGUCACCAUAGAACAUGCUGGUGUGUGGACGAAUUUGGAUACGAAUUGCCGGACACUCGUAGCGAGUCGGGUACCCCGGACUGCAAUACAAGACCAGCUUAUUUUACCGCGUGCUACCAGUGGCGCACUCGUAUCAUUGGAAAGUCGCCGUCCAGUGUUUUAUCUCAAGGAGUAAUCGUUCCCGAGUGUGAUUCUAGUGGUGCCUUUGUCAAUAUGCAAUGCAGUAUUUCAACUGGUCACUGUUGGUGUGUCGAUGUACAUGGAAAUGUCUUGACGGACACGUACACAAGGGGACAAGUGGACUGUGAUAACAGGGGAAGCUUAACAAAAUGCCAGAAAGAGCGUACUGAUGCACUGGCAGCACGAGCUAAAGACCCAAGAUCACAAACCUUUUUACCGGCAUGUGACAAGAAUGGAGGCUACAGACCAGACCAGUGUGAUACAUCACUCGGGGAGUGCUGGUGUGUAAAUCAUCUCGGGAACGAAGAAGCGGGAACUCGUGUAAAGGCACAAGGCACUGUAUGCGAACUACAAGCUGGAUUGACUGCUUGUCAAAGAGAACAAAGACGUGCCUAUGGCUUCGUCGAUAAACCCCCGAGUGGUCGUUUUGUUCCCAAAUGUAAGCCUGAUGGUAGCUAUGACGACGUGCAGUGUCAAGAAAGUGGAUAUUGCUGGUGCGUUGACGUUGAAGGUAUCGAGGUCCUGGGUACGAGAAAAAAAGGCAAACCACUUUGCUAUGCUGCAGCGAGAUUAAGCAAGUGUCAGACCGAAAGGAAAUUGACAUUAGGACCGAACAAAACGCCAUUGCUCGGUCAAUUCGUUCCAAAGUGUCGCAAAGACGGUUCGUAUGCAGAGAUUCAAUGCGAUCGAAGUGUUGGUGAAUGUUGGUGUGUCGAUGAAGGUGGCCGUGAGAGGAUUGGAACACGGCAGUUUGGAAAACCGAUAGAUUGUUAUGAAGAAGUAUUCUCUCUUUGUCGUCGUGAGCGUCAUCGGGCUCUAGGAUGGACUGGUCUCCAUGUACCAAACUUUUUUGUUCCCGAAUGUAAACUCGAUGGUACCUACGAAACCAUUCAGUGUCACCUAGCGACAAGAUACUGUUGGUGUGUUGACCGAUGGGGACACGAGUGGCCUGGGACAAGGGUUAAGGGAACACCCGAUUGUGGGAAAACAAUAGACAUUGGAAAGAAUGGUGUCGUUUCAGCCAUGCCCACCUCAUGCCAAAUGGACCAGUGGAGGGCAUUGAUAUGGUCAGAACAGUUCGACUCUAUCUACGGGGUUUUUUCACCAGACUGUACUUCUGAUGGUCGUUAUAAGCCGGUUCAAUGCAAUACUCAUACUAGUUAUUGCUGGUGUGUUGAUGAGAAAAGUAAUGAGAUAUGGGGAACAAGAGUCAGAGGUGAUCGACCAGACUGCAAUGCAAUAGAUACAAAUACUACUACAUGUAGUAAAUCGGUAGCCGAAGGCGAUAGCCUACGGCGGGUUAAUUUUUACUUUGGUCGAUUUGUUCCCAAAUGUGACUCAUAUGGUGGCUAUGAACCAAUUCAGUGUGACCAAAGUGGAUACUGUUGGUGUGUUGACCGAUAUGGCCAGGAACUUCCGAGGACCAAAGUAAAGGGAAUUCCUCAAACUUGCGGCCUUUUUGCUGGGACAACAUCUUGUCAGCGUGAAAGCUACCUUGUCAUGUCUCUGGGUGGAAAUCCAACUCUUGGACGAUACAAAGCUGAAUGCGAGCGUGAUGGAAGCUAUAAGAUGGUACAAUGUGAUAAGGCGUCGGGAUAUUGUUGGUGUGUGGACGAAAAUGGCAUUGAGAUUCCUAGAUCACAGGUUGCACGUGGGACACCGACAUGUGGAUCAAUGGCCGUAGGUCUGCCCCCUUGUCACAGUGAGCGAUUCCGCUCCCUUCCUUGGUUAAACAAGUUCGCUCCCACAUGUAAUGACGAUGGCAGCUAUCCGCAGCUCCAGUGCUUUGGUGCUUACUGCUGGUGUGUUACAAAGAAUGGAAAUGAAAUAGCUCGAACUCGAACGAGGGAAAAAAUCAGUUGUUCCCUUAUCCUAACUAAAGAUUACGAAACAACGUGCCAAUACCGUCAAAGAAAGGCUCGAAGUAACAGUCUCGCUGAAUUUACCCCGGUGUGUGAUAGACUAGGUGGAUAUCAUCCCAUUCAGUGCUUAGAAGGAUCACCAUACUGUUGGUGUGUGGAUAAAUACGGUGUUGAAAUACCAAGAACAAGAUCCAAGACUGUGCCUGAAUGUCACUAUCAAGCUGGUCUGACUAUGUGUCAAAAGGAGCUUCAGAUUGCUAUUGGCUGGACAGGUAUUGCUGCACCAGGUCAGUUUGUUCCCAAGUGUAGACCAGAUGGUUCAUAUGAAUUGGUACAGUGUCAUGGUUUGACUGGAUUCUGUUGGUGUGUCGAUAAAGAUGGCAAUGAACUAUCAGGAACUCGCAGAAAGGGAGCACCAAUAUGUUCUAUAUACGUAACAUUGAGGCCAUGUUUGAAUGAACGUGAACGAAUUCUUGGCUCACUUGGUGAGGCGUCUCCCGGUCGCUUCGCACCGAGUUGUACGGCAUCGGGAGGGUACUUGCCAACUCAAUGUCAUCAAUCUAUUGGAUACUGUUGGUGUGUCGAUUACGCUGGAAGAGAAAUUCCUGAUACUAGAAGAAAAGGAAAGGCGUAUUGCGAAGAGCAAGAAACAAUUAGUACUUGUAAUAUCGAAUUACACUUGGCCAACGCAAUGUCUGUUCCAGCCGCAUUCUAUCCAUCAUGCGAGAGAGACGGUAAUUACAAGGAGAUACAGUGUCGCUACAACAAUGGAAAAAGUUGUUGGUGUGUCGAUGAGAAUGGUAAUGCCAUUGCUGGAACUGAAACCAAUGGAAGGCCUAACUGUACCAUCGGAGAAAUAAAAUAUACCCAAUGCAAACUCGAGAGGUUCAACAGCUUGGUAAGAAGACUUAACCAAACGGAAUACACCGAUGUCAUCUUCAUCCCACAAUGCAGGGAAAAUGGCGGAUAUGAUGAUAUACAGUGCUAUAAAGGAGACUGCUGGUGUGUCAAUCAUCGGGGAGUAGAAAUACCUGGAACUAGAACUAGAGGCAAACCUUACUGUCAAAUACCAGUGUGCAUCCAAGAACGCAUGAACGCAUUAAGCUACAACAGAAUGCCAGGACGUUUUGUUCCUAAAUGCGAUCAGGAUGGAAGUUAUGCAGAUAUGCAAUGUCACUCGGCCACUGGAUAUUGCUGGUGCUCGGACGAGCUUGGCAGAGAAAUCCCGGAAACCAGAGUCCGUGGAAAACCAAUCUGCGGAAUCAAAGAUGGAGCUUUGACUAUAUGUCAGCGACAACGUAAGAUAGCACUCCGGAGUAUCAACCAAGGACCUUUCAUUCCACACUGUAAUCAGGAUGGCAGCUUUGCUCCUACCCAGUGUCACGAAUCAGAUUGUUACUGUGUAAACAAAGAUGGUGACGAAAUCCAAGGRUCAAGAGUAAAGCUUCCACUGAAACCAGAUUGCAAGAAAAUCAAUGGAGGAAAACCUUUGCCAGGAGAAAGCAAGAAAAAUUGCAUGCGGCAGUAUCGUGUUGCAAUGGAUAACUUCGCAAUCAGUCGAUUCAUACCACAGUGUCUUCCUAACGGUACUUAUCAGCCAGUGCAGUGUGACGAAGGGUGGUAUUCAUGCUGGUGUGUGGACAACUUUGGGAAUGAACUAGCUAGAACAAGAACUACUGGAUGGCCAAAAUGUCCUCAAGCUGCUGCGCUUCCUGCCAACCCUACUCAGUGUCAACGAGAGUACCGCGCUGCUCUUGACGGGUACAUCUAUGGUCGCUACGUCCCUCGUUGUCAGCCAGAUGGAAAUUACGAACCAAUGCAGUGUCACAGCUCUCUUUGCUUCUGUGUUAAUAUGUACGGCGUCGAAAUUGACGGAACACGAGAGCCAGGACUUAAACCACUUAAAUGCAAAACAGUUGAUCCCCUCACUAAAUGUCAGAAGCAAUUCCGUGUCAUGCGCAGUAAAUUUCCAUUUGGUACAUUUGUUCCUCGAUGUCUAGCUGAUGGUAGCUUUGCCCUGGUCCAAUGUGGCCCUAGCAACUACUGCUGGUGUGUGGAUAAAGAAGGGCGUGAGAUGACCAAUACCAGAACAAGAGGCUGGCCUAUCUGUGGCAAGAAAGAACGACAAGUUUCCAUGUGCCACCAAGAAUUCAAAACAAAACGUUCAAAUUCUUCAUCUAACGCAUGCGCACCUUUAUGCAAGCCUGAUACCGGAUAUGACCCAAUGCAGUGCCAUGCCGGAACGUGUUUCUGCGUGGAUAAAAUGGGCAAAGAAAUAAGAGGAACAGCUACCCCUCUACCAAGGGUACCGAAAUGCUUGGCAUCAGAUAGUCUGCUAUCUCCAUGCCAGCGUCUAUACGAACUCUCUGUCCAGCGUCACGUGCUCAGCCGCUGGAUUCCUAACUGUAGACCUGACGGCACAUUCGACACGGUGCAGUGUGAUCGAGGCUGGUACUGCUGGUGUGUGGAUGAGAAUGGAAAAGAGCUUCCAGGAACGCGCAAACGAGGAUGGCCUGAAUGUGGAGUCCAAGCAUCAGACCUUGGACCUUGUCGAAAACUCUACGUGCUCUCCUUAAAACAACUCGUACCAGGGCGUUUUAUUCCCCGUUGUCGAUCUGAUGGCAGUUUCGAUCCUGUGCAAUGUUUUGGAUCUGUGUGUAUGUGUGUGGACAAACACGGCGUUGAAAUACCUGGUACGACGAAGCCAAGAUUCAAUGAACCUGACUGUUCUCCUCUUGGCUGGACCUUGACACCUUGUCAGCGCCACUAUCAACAGGCCCACCAGUUUGGCGCCGUUAAUCAAUUUGUACCAACCUGUGACCCGGAUGGCUUGUACAACCCAAUGCAAUGCUAUGGCAACAUUUGCUUUUGUGUUGAUGAAAAGGGUUUUGAGAUAUCAAACACAAGAACUAAUCUCCCCAAUAAACCAGUCUGCAGCAAAAAUACUCGGUUAACAAGUAUGCCAUGUAUGAGAGAGAACGCCAAAGCGAUCCAAAACACAGAUAAAAACGCGUUUGUGCCACGUUGUCGUGACGACGGCUCGUAUCAUGAAGUCCAGUGUCGGGGUAUGACAUGCCACUGUGUCGAUAGCAAUGGGAACGAAAAAAGAAAAACGAGAACACCAAGACCUCUUAGACCUGACUGUUAUGGAUCUUUACCAUCCAAAUGCCAGAGACAAUACUUGGAUGCUUUGUCCAAUUACCAGCCAGGUAGAUAUAUACCUAGAUGUGCAUCGAAUGGAGAUUUUGCUCCUAUUCAGACUCGAAGUGGCUUUUCGUACUGUGUGGACAAGGAUGGGCAAGAAGUUUUAGGAACAGCAACCAGGACGCCUUUUACUCCAAGAUGCGAGACAAUGAGUGUACCGAAUCGGCCCAGAUUUUCUCCAAGCAGAUGUCCUGUGAUCUUUAAGGAUAGCAACUCUUGCAGGAAAAUAUCAAACCAGUGUGAAAUCGACUCCGAAUGCCCAGAGGACAAAAAGUGCUGUUUUGAUGGCUGCAGUAAUGUGUGCACGGAUGGUAUACCAGAAAAACCAGUGGACACUUGUAGCAAGGCACUAGAUUUGGCAAUAGGCAUCAACGCAUCUCCAAAUAUGACUAGAUGCUCUUGGGCCCGAAUCCUUGAUUUCCUGAAAAGACUAGUCAGUCAUUUCGAUGUAUCGGCAGACAAAGUCAAUAUUGGAAUUGUUUCUUAUGCUACGAACAUCAAAGUAGAAAACAGUUUCAAAAGUCUUACGCCAGCAUUACUGAACGUGGAAGAAAUCCAAAGGAUUGUUAGCACAAUGUUUUGGAGAAAAGGAAAAAGCAAAUUGGAUAAAACAUUGGAGAACAUUGAAAAACGACUAUUCAAGACAGGAGAAGGAAUGAGACCAAAUAGCCUUAAGGUUUUUCUAAUCAUCGAGGAUGGAAGGCAAUCAGGCAGCUCAAACCAGGAAAGAUUACGUCAAGUUUCGGAGAGACUUAAAAACAUAGGAAUAAACAUUUUAGCGUUGUCUAUUGAUGGCAAUGCUAAGAAAAACGAACUCUUGGACAUUGUCUCCAGCUCAGAGGACAUCUUCCAAAAGCCCUUGAUGAAUCUGAAUGAAGCCGUCAAGCCCUUAGCAAAAUUUCUUUGUUUAGAGGAUAAAUGCAAGAAAGUAUUUGACAUUGCUUUCGUUGUCGACGCAUCUGACAGCAUCGGACGGGCCAACUGGUUCAUCAAGAAGCAAUUCAUCAAAAGAAUCCUCAGCAAUUUCCGAAUACGACAAGAUGGAGUGCGCGUGGCAAUAGUUGUGUACAGCACUGAGGCUGAGGUAAUCCUUAAGUUCAACACGCUCAAGGGAGGUAACCUCAACGAAAACCAAGUCUUAAAGAAAAUAGAACUGAUGGAAUGGAGAAAAGGAUUCAGUUUUAUAGAUAAGGCACUUGAUCUGGCAGAUCGAGAAGUAUUUGUAACAUCUGCAGGAAUGAGAACUAAUGUACCAAAGGUAUUACUGGUUUUGACAGACGGCAAACAAAGUCGAGAUGAAGGUCCAUUUACAGAACCUCAGCUCGUUUCUGACAGAAUUAAGAAGAAAGACGUUACGGUUUAUUCUAUUGGCGUUGGUAACAUCAUUGACAGGGAAGAACUUGUUUCCAUUGCUUCUGAUUCUAACAAAGUUGUCAUCGCACAAUCAUUUGGAGCUUUGCAGGAUGUUGCAGGAAGCAUUAGAACCUUAAUAUGCAAAGGAACAGGAGCAAGGUUUGGAGCUUGCCCAAGAAAUUGGAAAGGACUUUUUGGCAGAAAAUGUGACGAUAGACCUGAUGGGUGUAAUUCAGACGGUGACUGUCCUACUCCCAUGAAGUGUUGCUCUAGCGGCUGUCACAGACAAUGCGUCAUGACAAACCAAGCCAUUGCAGUUCCUGCCUUUGCUGUAUGCGAAGCAGAUCAAAAGUCUGGUAUCAUCAGCUGCAAGUGCGAGGAAUGUCCUAAGAAACCAACUGAUCCAGUUUGUGGUUCGAAUAACAAGACAUAUCCUAAUGAUUGUAUGAUGCGUCAGGAUGCUUGUAAAAAGAACAAGACCAUCUCAGUACAGAAGGAAGGAGCUUGUGGAACUUGCCCAAGAAAAUGGAAAAAACCUUUUGGUAGACCGUGUGAUGAUAGACCUGAUGAAUGUAACACUGACAGUGAUUGUCCUAUUCCAAUGAAGUGUUGCUCAAGUGGAUGUCACACACAAUGCGUCAGGGCAAACCAAGCCGUUGCAGUUCCUGCCUUUGCUAUAUGUGAAGCAGACMAAACGUCUGGCAUCAUCAAUUGCAAGUGCGAGGAAUGUCCCAAGAAACCAACUGAUCCAGUUUGUGGAUCCAAUAACAAGACCUAUCCUAAUGAAUGCAUGAUGCGCCAGGAUGCUUGUAAAAAGAACAAGAACAUCUCAGUACAUAAUAAAGGAGCUUGUGGAACUUGCCCAAGAAACUGGAAAAGACUUUUUGGCAGACCGUGUGAUGGUAGACCUGAUGAAUGUACCUCUGACAGUGAUUGUCCUAUUCCAAUGAAAUGUUGCUCCAGUGGAUGUCACACACAGUGCGUCAGGGCAAACCAAGCCCUUGCACUUCCUGCCUUUGCUGUAUGCGAAGCAGAUCAAACGUCUGGCAUCAUCAGCUGUAACUGCGAGGAAUGUCCCAAGAACACCACUGAUCCAGUUUGUGGAUCCAAUAACAAGACCUAUCCUAAUGAUUGUAUGAUGCGUCAGGAUGCUUGUAAAAAGAACAAGACCAUCUCACCACAAAAAGAAGGAGCCUGUGGAACUUGCCCAAGAAACUGGAAAAGACUUUUUGGCGAACCGUGUGAUGAUAGACUUGAUGAAUGUAGCUCUGACAGCGAUUGUCCUAUUCCAAUGAAGUGUUGYUCAAGUGGAUGUCACACACAGUGCGUYAGGGCAAACCAAGCCUUUGCACUUCCUGCCUUUGCUAUAUGCGAAGCAGAUCAAACGUCUGGUAUCAUCAACUGCAAGUGCGAUGAAUGUCCCAAGAAACCAACUGAUCCAGUUUGUGGUUCCAAUAACAAGACCUAUUCUAAUGAUUGUAUGAUGCGUCAGGAUGCUUGUAAAACGAACAAGACCAUCUCAGUACAGAAGGAAGGAGCUUGUGGAACUUGCCCAAGAAACUGGAAAAGACUUUUUGGCAGACCGUGUGAUGGUAGACCGGAUAAAUGUAACACUGACAGUGAUUGUCAUAUUUCAAUGAAGUGUUGCUCAAGUGGAUGUCACACACAGUGCGUCAGGGCAAACCAAGGCGUUGCACUUCCUGCCUUUGGUGUAUGCGAAGCAGAUCAAACGUCUGGCAUCAUCAGCUGCAAGUGCGAGGAAUGUCCCAAGAACACCACUGAUCCAGUUUGUGGWUCCAAUAACAAGACCUAUCCUAAUGAUUGUAUGAUGCGUCAGGAUGCUUGUAAAACGAACAAGACCAUCUCAGUACAGAAGGAAGGAGCUUGUGGAACUUGCCCAAGAAACUGGAAAAGACUUUUUGGCAGAUCGUGUGAUGGCAGAACUGAUGAAUGUAACACUGACAGUGAUUGUCCUAUUUCAAUGAAGUGUUGCUCAAGUGGAUGUCACACACAGUGCGUCAGGGCAAACCAAGCCGUUGCACUUCCGUCCUUUGCUGUAUGUGAAGCAGACCAAACUUCUGGUAUCAUCAACUGCAAGUGCGAGGAAUGUCCCAAGAACAACACUGAUCAAGUUUGUGGAUCCGAUAACAAGACCUAUCCUAAUGAAUGUAUGAUGCGUCAGGAUGCUUGUAAAAGGAACAAGACCAUCUCAGUACACAGUAAAGGAGCUUGUGGAACAUGUCCAAUGAAUUGGAAAGGACUGUUUGGUAGAGAGUGCGACGGUAGACCUGAUCAGUGUAAAUCCGAUAGUGAUUGCCCUCCUAAAUUGAAAUGCUGUUCCAGUGGUUGCCAUAAACAAUGCGUCAAGCCAAGCCAAGCUUUUAUCUUUCCUGUCUUUGGAAUGAUGUGUGAGGCAGACCAGUAUACAGGCAUCAUAAGCUGCAAAUGUGAGGAAUGUCCCGAGAACACCACUGAUCCAGUUUGUGGAUCCGAUAACAAGACCUAUCCAAAUGAAUGCAUGAUGCGUCAGGAUGCUUGUAAAAAGAACGAGACCAUUUCAGUACAGAAAAAGGGAGUCUGUGAUCCUUGCAAACGCUUUGAUUGUUCCUCACCACCUUACUCAUCCUGUGAAGUCGUCAAAGGCAAACCUGUCUGUUCCUGUCGCUUGAAAUGUUCCUUUGUUAUCAACUGGGUUUGUGGAGCUGACGGUAAUUCAUAUAAAAACGAGUGCGAGAUGAGACGAGCCGCUUGCAUAAGUAACAAGAUGAUCACAGUCCGCAGAAAGGGACACUGCAAUCCUUGCUUCGAAUACAAGUGUUCGUCACCACCAUACUCAACAUGUACGAAUGAUAAUGACAAAGCAGUAUGCUCUUGUCGUUUCCAAUGUCCCACCACCUAUGACUAUGUUUGUGGAUCUGAUGGCAACACGUACGAUAACGAAUGUCAGAUGAGACAAGCUUCAUGUAGGAAUAACAAGAUGAUAACAGUUCGUAGAAAAGGACACUGCAAUCCUUGCUUCGGUUACAAGUGUUCGUCACUGCCACACUCAACAUGUACGAAUGAUAAUGACAAAGCAGUAUGCGCUUGUCGUUUCCAAUGUCCCACCACCUAUGACUAUGUUUGUGGAUCUGAUGGCAACACGUACGAUAACGAAUGUCAGAUGAGACAAGCUUCUUGUAGAAGUAAAAAGAUGAUAACGGUUCGCAGAAAAGGACACUGCAAUGUUUGUUUCGAAUUCGACUGCUCUUCAACGCCCUACUCCUCGUGCGAGGCUAUCAACGACAAAGCAGGGUGCGUCUGUCCGUCACAAUGCCCCUUGACCAUGGACUAUGUCUGUGGAUCUGACGGUAAUACUUAUGACAACGAAUGUCGGAUGAGACAAGCUGCUUGUAGAAGUAAAACGAUGAUGACAGUCCGUAACAGGGGUCAAUGUGACCCAUGCUUUGAAUUCGACUGUUCAACCAAACCUUAUUCAAGUUGCAAGAAAAGAAACGACAAAGCAGUCUGCGAGUGUCCUGAAAAAUGCCCAACUAUAGUAGACCGCGUUUGURGUACCAACAGGAAGACGUAUGACAACGAGUGUCUGAUGAGACAGGCUUCAUGUAGGAAGGGCAUCAUGAUAACUGUACGAAGAAAGGGGAUCUGCAAGCCAUGCGCUGGCUACAACUGUGCUCUAGUUCGUCCUUUUUCCACGUGCAAAGUAGUAGAUGACAAUCCAGAAUGUGUGUGUCCCGUGUGCGAGAAAAAAGAGCCUGACUAUGCGUGUUAUAGUAAUGGAAUGCAUUACAGAAGUGAAUGCAGUAUGCGCCGAGCAUCCUGCAAUCUCAACCAAACACUAACRUUCGUCUCUAAAGGAAAAUGCGUUUGUGAUGCAAAAGUAGACCUUGGUAUCUUGGUUGACUCAUCUGGCAGCAUUGGCCGUAAGAACUGGGUUCGAAUGAAGGAUUUUGUGAAUUCGGUCAUCAAAUCGUUCAAGGUUGGAGGAGAUAAAACGCAUGUGGCAACGAUCUCAUACAGUACAGAACCAGAAAUUAUUCUUAAAUUCAACACGUUAACAGGAUCUGCAGUUACAGCUGAAGCUUAUGGAAAUUACAUCAACAGUAUGAGAUGGCAGAGAGGAUAUACCUACAUAGAUAAGGCUCUAAUAUUGGCUAACACGGAUUUAUUCGAAGUCAAGGAUGGAAUGAGGACCAACGUUCCUAAGAUCCUUUUCCUGAUUACCGAUGGAAUACAGACAAAGCGCGGUGAAUUCACCCCUCUUGCAGAAGCGUCUCGCCCUCUCAAACAGAAAGGCGUCCGCGUUUAUGUUAUGGGUAUUGGAAAGUCGCUUGCAAAGGAGGAACUUGAAGACAUUGCUACCAACCGCAAUCGAGAUGUGUUUUUUUCGGAGUCUUUUCAAUUACUAAAACCCAAAGUCCAAGAAAUUAUCGAUAAAGUUUGCUUCCCUGAUCCAUGUGACACAUACGUUUGCUCAAAGCCUUACUCGGUUUGUGAGUUAGAUGAUGAAUCUCCAGUUUGUGUAUGUCCGAAAACGUGCCCCUAUAGAUCAGAACCUGUUUGUGGAUCGGAUGAUGUGACGUACCGCAAUCCAUGUCUGCUUAGGAAGACGGCAUGCGAGAAAAAUAAACUCAUAACAGUUGCGGCAGAAAGUGCUUGCAAAUGUAAAACAGUCUUGGAUUUAGUCUUUGUGGUGGAUUCUUCGGGAAGUAUCGGAAGGCGUAACUGGAUUACCAUGAAAGAAUUCUUGAGUCAAAUCAUUUCCGAGUUCCAGGUUGGUGAGGACGGAACCCACGUGGCUAUGGUGACUUACAGUAGUACCGCCAAAGUCGAGUUUACAUUCAACACAUUGACCGGAUCAAGGAGAACUGCUCAAGAAUAUGCCAAAAUUGUGAAUGCUAUGAGAUUGCAAAGAGGAUAUACUUUUAUUGAUAAAGGAAUAGCUAAGGCUAACCAAAUGGUCCUCACAGCUGUCGCGGGAAUGAGAGAAAGCGUUGAUAAGAUUUGUAUAGUGAUAACCGACGGAAUACAAACUAAGGACAGGGGAACCUACACUCCUCUAGAUCAAGCAGUCCUCCCAAUCAAACAGAAGGGAUUCCGCGUCUACUCCUUGGGUAUUGGUGGGAGUGUGGACCAAAAUGAACUUCGGCAGUUGGUGUCCGAUCCAGCAAAGAAUGUUUUCUCUGUUGCAUCAUUUAAAGAGCUUAGGGUUAAAACAAGAAGUAUCAUGGAAGAACUCUGCCCUGAAGGUCAUGAAGUACGAAAUCGCGCGCGUCAUUAAAGAAGAUCAAGUCAAGCCUGUAAUAAGGGAAAAGGAUGUUCUGUGUACUUCAUAAGAAAAGUAUAUAUAAAUUCUAGUUUACCUGGGUGUAGAACCAAUAUAUUCCAAUCUAUUGUAAAAAUGGGCUUAAGUUUGAAAGUGGCAUUAUUUCAGUUCGCUCUAGAUCUUUUCUAAAAUAGCAAACAUGGUGCAUCGUGGUCUAGCUUGGGUGAAAAACUUAUUUUGUUCAUCAUGACUUUUGUUAGUGUACCAAAGUUAAGGCCACUGCAUCCAGUUUAUCGAAAGAAGAAAAGACAUAUCUUUUAUCAUGCGGCAGCCAUGUUGAUAUGAACAAUAUCUACAGAAGCUUCGGGAAGAGAUUACGUUUGCAUAAACAAUUAAAUAAAUUCAUAUGAUUCAUGAGAAUUCAAACGGCUGCCAUGCAAUAACUGAAGGUCCAUUGUGAUACAGUUUACAGGCUGUCAUGCACCGAAUUAAAAGAAAUAUCUUAUCUUUUUAUUGCAAAUAUAACAUGUUUUGAAAAGUCAGUAACUUUGCUAUCAUUUUGGUAAGAAGCAACAUCAGAAUAUCAUGUGCAUUCUAGAACAAAAUACCAAUUAUUCAAACGGAUAACUUUCGUGUUUAUAUUUUUGUUUUCGUUUUUUUCUUUUUGUCAUUAAUGUAACAUGUAAUAAUGCCUCUUGAUGGAUAGAAUUCUUAUUUAUGAAGUUAAUAUCAGCUAAAAGCUAACAAAUCAAUACAGGCUAAAAAUCAAAUCACGAGCUAUUUAUAAAAUAACUUUAUUACUAAUGAAUGUAUGGGACUUGCUUGAGUCACUUCAAUGUGAAAAUAUAUGUCAAAUUCUGCUGUACUAAAAAAUUGAUAAAUAAAUAACUUUGCUGUGAAUUGUGAA